GAUAACCUCGGGUCUAUUAUUGUUUAGAACAAAUGUCGAACGGUGGUGAUUACACUGUUGCUGGAGGUGUCGAGGAUGCCUACGGUGAGGAUGCUGCCUCGAUGGAUCAGCCCGUCACUCCCUGGACCGUCUCCGUUGCUAGUGGGUAUUCCUUGAUGCGUGAUCCUCGUCACAACAAAGGGCUCGCCUUCACCGAAAACGAGAGAGAUGCACACUACCUGCGUGGCCUUCUUCCCCCCGUCCUUCUCAGUCAAGAGCUUCAAGAGAAGAAGCUCAUGCAUAACCUUCGCCAAUAUCAAGUUCCUUUGCAACGAUACAUGGCCUUGAUGGAUCUUCAGGAGAGAAAUGAACGACUUUUCUACAAGCUUCUCGUUGAUAAUGUGGAGGAACUGCUCCCGGUUGUAUACACUCCAACAGUCGGUGAAGCUUGCCAGAAAUAUGGAAGCAUUUUCAGGCGCCCUCAGGGUCUUUACAUCAGUUUGAAAGAGAAGGGAAAGAUUCUUGAAGUAUUGAAAAACUGGCCUGAGAGAAGUGUUCAAGUUAUUGUUGUCACUGAUGGUGAGAGAAUUUUGGGACUUGGAGAUCUUGGUUGCCAGGGAAUGGGCAUACCUGUAGGAAAACUCUCUCUGUAUACAGCUCUAGGAGGAGUCCGCCCCUCAGCAUGCUUGCCUAUUACGAUUGAUGUUGGGACAAACAAUGAGAAGUUGUUAAACGACGAGUUUUACAUCGGACUUAGGCAAAGGAGGGCAACUGGACAGGAAUAUGCUGAACUUCUUCAGGAGUUCAUGACUGCAGUUAAGCAGAACUAUGGAGAGAAAGUACUAAUACAGUUUGAAGAUUUUGCCAACCACAAUGCAUUCGAGUUGUUGGCAAGAUACAGUUCUUCUCAUCUUGUUUUCAAUGACGAUAUACAGGGUACAGCAUCUGUUGUGCUGGCUGGGCUUCUUGCAUCCCUUAGAUUACUUGGUGGAACCCUCGCUGACCAUAGGUUCUUGUUCCUCGGUGCUGGAGAGGCUGGAACUGGUAUAGCUGAGCUCAUAGCUCUUGAAAUAUCAAAGCAGACUGGAAAUCCUAUUGAAGAGAACCGCAAGAAGAUUUGGCUUGUAGACUCAAAGGGAUUGAUUGUCGAUUCUCGCAAGGAGUCACUUCAACACUUCAAGAAACCUUGGGCUCAUGAACAUGAACCAGUCAAUACACUCUUAGAUGCUGUCAAGGCAAUCAAGCCAACUAUCCUGAUUGGAACAUCUGGUGUUGGAAAACAAUUCACCAAGGAGGUUGUUGAGGCCAUGGCAUCCUUGAAUGAGAAACCUCUUAUCAUGGCUCUGUCUAACCCUACCUCACAAGCGGAGUGUACAGCAGAAGAAGCGUACACAUGGACCGAGGGUCGUGCAAUCUUUGCCAGUGGAAGCCCAUUUGAAACCUUUGAAUACAAUGGAAAAAUCUUCGUGCCUGGCCAGGCAAACAAUGCUUACAUCUUCCCUGGAUUUGGUUUGGGUGUCAUUAUUUCCGGUGCAAUUCGUGUUCACGAUGACAUGCUUUUAGCAGCCUCCGAAGCUUUGGCUGCACAGGUGACGAAGGAACACUACGAGAAGGGAAUGAUUUACCCGCCAUUCUCCGAUAUCAGAAAGAUAUCAGCCAACAUAGCUGCUAAGGUUGCUGCCAAGGCAUAUGAACUUGGUCUGGCUUCUCACCUGCCUCAGCCUAAGGAUCUGGUUAAGUAUGCCGAGAGCUGCAUGUACAGCCCACGAUACAGAACCUACCGUUGAAACUUGAAAUUGAAGUAGAGCCGUCAUGUGUUUUGUUUGUCUGCGAUUUGCUAGCAUAAGCGUUGUGUUUUGCUCUUGUAAUGGCAUAGAUAUUGUAUUAUGGUCAAUUUAUUGUUCAUUUAAUAAAUUUUCUGAGAGUUCUUUUAUGUUUUGAAA